AUGGUGGCAAGAUUGAAGCCAAGUAUACCUCCAGGGCCGCCGAAUUGUAUAAACAAUUACUCUCAAAAGAAGUUGCUAAAAGUAAAGCGGAGGAAAGUAAAGAAGAAGAUGCCGACUAGUGAAGCUCCAAAACAAACUUCAUCAUUUAAGGAUGAGACACCAGAGAUUUCCGCUUCACCCAAAGCAUCACAAUCUGCUUUUACUACUUCAAUUAAGAAACCUAUAGUUGCAAAGAAAUCUGGCAAGCCAGGUGGACUUGGAGCUCGGAAACUUACUAAAAAUCAAGUGAAAGUCUGUACCACCAGAAGCCUGAAGAACUGCCUGUUUAAGUUUCUUCCUCCAACUCCGCAAGUAAUUUCACCAACUGGUGGCUCAUCAUCAUUCACAUCUCGUUUCGAGUACACAGACAAUGUCCAACCCUCUGAGAUAAGUUCUGGAUGUGUUCUUAACCAUGUAUCCCCUCCAAUGUCCCCCAAUUUGUUUGCGGACUAUGGAAUGGACAGCAGUUUCAUAAAGAAAAACUCAAAAUCUUCGAAAGUUCAA